UUUCAAGGUCUUUUCAUUAGCGCAUCAAAUAAAAGCUUUUGGAAAUGUCAAUGCAGGAAUUCUCAGAUAAUUUGUCCACUUUGUCGUACAUGUCUCGACGUCGCAUUCCAACGUGGGUAUAUGAUCCUAAGAACAAAACUCUUUUCGGCCGCACAUUCUGCAGCUGGAGUGAGUUUGAAAUAUCAGUAUCUAGCGUCCUUAGCUCUCUGUAUUUUGUUUUACUUGAUAUAUUAUGCUUGUCUUGCAACAUUCUUUACCUGUUUAUUGUGGUUGGUAUUGUAUUGUAACGCCCCAGAGAACCAGCCGGCUAGAACUGGAGCUCAGAGUUUACUAGAUUUCAAGCCAGGCCUUGGAUUCCGUCCACUAUUAGAUGUUCAAAAAUCCCUCAUUCAUUAUUCUUCUGGAGAUUCCCAGACCUAUCUACCAUACACUCAGAAUAUGGACGCGUAUUUAGAUACGUAUAAUCAGGUUAAUGCGAAGCCUGACAGUCAAUUUGCCAGUUGUAAAGGCAAGGAAGGAGAAACAAAAGAUGUGGAUAAGGUUUGCAAAUUCCCUCUUGAAAAUUUGGGACCUUGUAAUACUUCAAAUAACUAUGGUUACGGUAAUGGAACACCUUGCGUUCUUCUCAAAGUAAAUAAGGUAAGUAAUUUUGAUGACCAGCUGAUAUGAUGCUAUUAUUAUAUAUUUUUCUAAUUUAGUUUAAAUUAUCGGUUUAUAUAAGUUGUUUGUCUAUCGUAGCUCAUUUUCAUGGCCUCUCGAUGAUGCGGGUGCAACAUUAUAGUAAAAUUUCAUUUGAAUGUCUGUGUCCACAGAAUGUUUUAUGAGAUAGAAAUCUAGUUGAUAUAUGUAGUCUUAAGUUAGCUUCACUUCUAGAUAGUCUUACAGUAUUAUUUAACGUCCAAUGACUUCAUUUCAAGUAAUUUUAGUGAUUUUCAACUUGUUUCAUUUUUCUGUAUAUAGGAAAAUGUCUAAUUAUGAUUAAGUGUAAGGUAGUAAUAUUGCAGUUAUUGCUUGUAUAAUUGCUUAGUUUUUUAAUUGUCACGUAUAAUUUGAUAGACUAAAUAUCGUGAUGUGAUAACAAACCGCAUUAUUGGGCAUCAAAACUUCACCAACCUACUAUUUGUCACUUAGUAUGUCAUACUGUAACUAAAAAAUAGAAAACACAAUCAAAACACAAACAAAUUAUUCUUAAAACCUGUUGUUUUAACGUACAGUAGCAUGUUUAUUUCAUUCUUUUACUGUGCUCUGCAUAAAAGAACUAAUCCUAUCAGCGAAGCCUGGGUGAAUCAGAAAGAAAUCAAUUUCAUGACAUUCAGCCAUUUGGGUUUUAUCGGUUCAUGCUUAUCUUCUCAUUCUGUCUAGUCAUCACCAGUUUUAGUGUUACCUAGUUGGUCAACUUCAGUAUGAUUUUCAAGCCAUUAAACGGCUUUUUAAAUAGUUAGAAUUUGGAGCUAACUUGCUGUAAAUAUCAUAUUUCACAUCAAUAUUCAACAGUAUUCAUGCACAGUUAACAGAUUUGAGAGCUGAUAGAAACUAACUUGAUCUCUUGUCUUAUAACAACUUAUUUCGAUUUUGGUUUUGGUAACAAUAAAGUUAAAACCUAAAUAGUACACCUAACACUUUGCUUUUUGUCAUCAAAUAACAAUUGCAAUUCGCGUGUUUAUCAACUAAAUAAUAUUCUUGCUAACUAGCACCACAAUGCUUUGUUAUGUCAAAUUCUUUAAUCAGUUUACCUUAAUUUGAUGAAAAUAUUCACGUCACAAAUAAAAUGCUUUUAUCGAUGAAUUAAAGAAAAGCGUUCACACAUUGUGAUCAACUUUGUUAAAAGCUCGUUCAAGUUAAAUAGAAUCGGAAGUUUGGGCUGUUUACAGAAAUAUUAAUUUGAUAGAUAAGUUUUAUUAUGAAUGGUUCUAAUCUAGUUGAUAAGUUGUGAUUAUUUACUUAGGCAAAAAUUAAAUGUUGUACUGCUUCAUCAUUUUAUUUGAUGACCACAUGAAGAACUAUUUUUUUCAACGAACUUAAUAUUGUUAAUUGCUGUUGUUACUUUUCGGCCAGUCUUGUUAGCAUUUUCUUUUGUUUAUUGUAAAUGAACUAUAUUAAGUUCUGUUGCUUAUCGAAUUAUCCGUCUGUUACACUUGACAAAUUUUUACGACCAUGAAAGAUUUUAACUUCUUCCAGGUUCAUGAAGCUCUUAUCACGCAGAUUCAUUUAAGGGGUCAUAAUACUAAUCGGGUUGCUGUUUAACUGUCUUGAAAUUUGUUUUGGUAAUUUAGUCUUAUUUUCACUUUUUGUGUGAUAAUAACUGUGUGGUAACCCUUUAGCUCCAAUCUAAUAUGAAUUUCUAGUUUAAUUUCUGACAUUAUAUGUAUAAUAUUAUAUAAAAUUAUGGGAACCUCUUUGAUACUAUCUGAGAAGAUCGUCAACAUCCUACGGAACUCACCCGAUGAACUACAGUGAAAAGUCGUUCGUGAAGAACAGCUGACAGACGCGUUUCACGUAAAGAACGGAGUCAAGUAGGGCUGCUUACUUUCACCCUUUCUCUUGAUUCUGGUGGUUGACUGGAUUAUGAAGACCUCGAUAUCUGAUAAGAAGCACGGAAUAAAAUGGACAGGCUGGAUGCAACUAGACAAUUUGUACUUCGCAGAUGACCUGACCCUUCUGUAUCACACACAUUGAAAAAUGCAGUUCGAAGUAAAAAGUGUAGCAACAGCCUCUGCAUCAAUAAGCCUCAACAUGUUCAAGGAAAAAAGCAACAUACUUAAAUUCAACACAGAGGGCAAAAAGGCAAUUACACUUGGUGGGGAAGCUCUGGAAUAGAUGGAUACAUCCAUGUAUCUGGGUAGCAUCAACAACAAACAGGAAGGAUCUGAUGCAGACGUAGAGGCAAGGAUUGGCAGAGCAAGGACAGCAUUUCUACAUUUGAAGAACAUAUAGAACUCAAAACAGAUGUCAAACAACAUCAAAGUUAAAAUCUUCUAUACGAACAUUAUGAAAGUUCUAUUAUACGGAGCUGAAACUUGAAGAACUACUACAACCAUCACCAAAACAGUACAAAUAUUUAUAAGCAAUUAUCUACGCAAGAUACCCAAUAUCCGUUGACCGGGUAACAUAAACAACAGCCUACUAUGGGAGAUAACAAACCGAAUUCCAGCUAACGAGAAAACUAGAAAAAGACGCUAGUGGUAGAUAAGACAUACAUUGAGGAAGUCAUCAAACUGCAUCACGAGGCAGUCCCUAAAUUGAAAUUCUGAAGGAAACCAGAAAAGAGGAAGGCUUAAGAACACACUGGGCGGGGAAUCGGAAGCAGAUAUGGAAAGGAUGAAUAGCAAUAGAAAAGAACUGGAAAGGAUUAUCCAGGACAAAGUACCAUGGAGAAUGCUUGUGGGUAACAUAUGCUUCUCCAUGAGGGUUAACAGGUGUAAGUUAAUGGAAAGGGUUUUUUUGAAAACAAUAUUCUCCGUUCAUAUAUUUGUGUUCCAAUUAUCCAUGACUUCAUAAACCAGUGUCAUGUUUUGGAUAGACUGCUCCUAUCUUUUUUCAGCCUAUUACUACACCAGACAACGUCACCUGUCGAAGAAGGCAGUGGUUAGGCAUAUGUAACACAUGUCACAACCACCUCAGUUCAUAAAAAUUUACUAGGUCAUUAGUCAAUUCGUUCCAAUAUUAUAUAAAAUAAAGUAGUUCGUCUAAAAUAUCUUCUUUUUGUUAAUUGGGUUUACUACUUGAUGAAGACUUUGUUAAGAGUACUGAAACUGUACGACAGACUGAAAUUAAUUUUAAAUGAUUAUUUUUAUGGAAGUGAUUUUUAUUUAUACCUAAAUUAAUUUAAAAAGCUCUAGUGAAAGUUUACUUCUCAUUUUGACAUUUGUUCGGAGCCUAUAGAUUUUCUUUAUGAAUGUCGUUUUUUAUCAAAUUUUUCACACUAAUUUACGGUUGAGGACUGAUGUACACAACAUACGUGAAGGUCCUCAAUACAUAAGCUCUCCAGCUGUCUUUUCAUCCCACUUAUUAUAGCUUUAAAAUCCUCUCAAUGAUGAAAUCAUAUGCCCAGAUGAUUUUUCUGAAUUCGAUUCCUUAGUAAUAACCAAGAAAAAAUGUUAAAAAUCAGGGAACACAAGAGAUCCUAUAAGUUUAACAAUUUUAUUAACACAGGUGAUCAAUAGUUGCCUUGGUCUUAAAACGUCUUUACAAUCCUCACAAUAUUUACUGAAACAAUUGAUCUACACAAAAUGAGCUAUUUUAUUCAGUAGAUUAUUUCCAUAAAUAGCCUUUACUAUUUCAGGAGUUUACUGAGAUAUUUUUCAAAGUUUUACUGCAAAAAUUGAGUAGCCAAAUUCGUGUAAUAACUGUAUAGAUUAUAAAUUACACCAAAAGUUUAUUC